AAUCAUACUCUCUCUCUCUCUCUCUCCCUCUAUAAAUACAAAGCAAACUCACGUAAUCACUUCAUCAUCGGUGUCAUCAAACAAUCUCACCCUUCCAUCUUCGUCAUCAUCAUCAUCAUCAAACAACCACAAGCAGCAACAGCAAACAACAUCGCAUGGCCUCCUCAGUAUUAUUCCUGAUAACCCUCGCCGCCCUCUCCUUCCUCGCCUCCGGAGGCUACGUCGGCCCCCGAGUCGGGGGCAGGACCGCCGUCCCCGACGUGAGGUCGAACGAGAAGGUGCAGGACCUGGGGCGGUACUCGGUGGAGGAGUACAACCGCUUGCAGCGCCAGCGCCGUGGGGGCGGAGGAGGAGGAGGAGGAGGAGGAGGAGGAGGGGGGAACGAGGAGAUCGUGUUCAGGGCGGUGGUGGGGGCGGAGAGGCAGGUGGUGGCGGGGAUCAAGUACUACCUGAAGAUCGAGGGGGUGCAGCGCGGGGCGAGGAAGGUGUUCGAGUCGGUGGUGGUGGUGAAGCCGUGGGUGCGGUCCAAGGAGCUCCUCACCUUCGGGCCGUCCAGGGGCGGAGGCGGCAAGUCCGGGUUUUGAGACGGCUUUCGAGUAACCAAUCCGUCUUUAUUGAGUGAAUAACAACGAGUUCGAUCUUUCCUUUUUUUUCUCUUUGGCCUUUUUGGGUUCGUUUUUUCUUGGUGGGUGUGUUUCGGUCUUCGUCAGGAGUUUUGUUAGACCUUUAGUUUCUGUGUCCCUCUGCCAUGAACAGGUGAGUUUUGAGCUGUGUGUUUCUUGUAUGAAUAUUCUCAAUAAUGAAAACAAUGUUUGAUCUA